AUGCUUUUAGCCGCUGAUCCCUAUUCUGCCAUAGACAUUGAUAAAUUAGUGGGAUGGCUUAUCGCUCAAGCAGAACAGACAAAUGGGUGUCCAGAGAGCUUCUGUAUUGUUGAUGUUAACGAUCAUGACGUAUAUCUCAAGGGUCAUAUAGCCAAUGCAUAUCACUACGAUAGAAUAAUGCUAGCUCGUCUAAUUUACGAAACUCCAGUUCUGGCACAAGCAAAAGCAGAAGGUCAUUUGUUAGUCAUAUAUGGAAGAGAAGCUGAUCGAGUUGCCAAAGUUCUUUUUCAGCGAGGAUUCAAAACUGUGUUGUUGAAAGGAAAUGUUGCCCAAUUCAAAGAACAGUAUCCAUGUCUAGUGGGCCCUUCACUCGAUUUCGUGAAGCUAAAAGAAAUCUAUGAACAAAAGAAGAACAGUGUGUUCGGAGGUCGCCUCUGGCGGAGUACUUCAGCUUCUCGUCUCAAAUCUGUGACUCGUGAUGAGAGGGCAGAAAAGUCGAAAAAUGUCAACAGUCGUCCAUCCAGUCAAUCGAGAAAACCAUGGCUCUAG